GGCGGCGGCGCCCCGGCGGGGUGAGAGUCGCCGGGGUGAUGGUGGGCGCGCGCCGCUGCUGCCGCUGCCGGCCGGGCGUCUCCUUCACCUGACCCGGCAGCCCCGCGCACAGCCCGCACCCGCCGCGUUAAUAAUGCACUAGAAUGUCAGCGCUGAAAAAGGUUCUGCCUGGCAUACUGCAGAAGCAUUGCUGUAUUUUACCUGACAGGAACACAGAGUCACAGUGUACACUCUGUGGGGAGCCUGAAGAAGAAGAGGGUGGCGAUCUGCUCAAGUCGGGCUUCAGUUUUCCAGGGACGCCAGAGGAGGAGCUAGACCAGCAGUACUCAUGGUCACCUUCUCAGCACUUCAAUGAAGAAAGAUACUCUCCUGCUCCGAGGAAUAUGAAAGGAUUAUCUGGUAGUCGCAACCAACCACAGUUAUGUUCAGCUCAUACUUGUGGCUUAGCAUCCCCUGAAGAUUGUGAACACACCCACGACCAUAUCCACCAUGGGCAGGAGCCAAGGCAAUCGUAUCUUCUCAGCCCCACGGAGAGUUGCCCGAUGGACCACCAUCGUUGCUCACCACGCAGCUCCAUUCAUUCUGAAUGCAUGAUGAUGCCCAUGGUAAUGGGCGAUCACAUGUCAAGUAGCACUUUCCCCAGAAUGCACUACAGUUCACAUUACGACUCAAGAGACGACUGCGCCAUGUCUCACGGUAACCCUAAGAUUAACCGUAUUCCUGCAAAUCUUUUGGACCAAUUUGAGAAACAACUUCCUCUUCACCGGGAUGGGUUCCACACUUUACAGUACCAGAGGACCUCAACAGCUGCAGAACAACGCAGUGAGAGCCCAGGAAGAAUACGCCAUCUUGUUCAUUCAGUCCAGAAACUUUUUACUAAAUCUCAUUCUCUGGAAGGAUCAUCCAAGGGCAACGUUAAUGGAACAAAGGGAGACAGUCGAGGGGAUGACCAUCAUCACGGGCACCAUUCCAAGCAUGGCAAAAGGAGUAAAAGUAAGGAGCGAAAACCAGAAAGCAAGCAUAAAUCUGGAAUGAGCAGCUGGUGGAGCUCUGAUGAUAAUUUGGACAGUGAUAGCACUUACCGAACCCCUAGUGUGGUAAAUAGGCACCAUGCAGAUCAUAUAUCCCAUUGCUAUCCUGAGGCGCUCCAGGGGCAUUUUGGGGAUCUCUCACUGAAGACUUCCAAAAGUAACAAUGAUGUGAAGUGUUCGGCUUGUGAAGGGCUAGCAAUGACCCCUGAUGGUAAAUAUAUGAAAAGGAGUUCUUGGUCCACGCUUACAGUAAGUCAGGCUAAAGAAGCUUAUCGCAAAUCAUCACUGAACUUAGAUAAGCCUCUGGUUCAUCAGGAAAUCAAACCUUCCUUGAGGCCGUGCCAUUACCUUCAGGUACCUCAGGAUGAAUGGGGAGGAUACCCAGCUGGUGGGAAAGACGAAGAGAUCCCCUGCAGAAGAAUGAGAAGUGGGAGCUAUAUUAAGGCCAUGGGAGAUGAAGAAAGUGGAGACUCUGAUACUAGCCCCAAGACAUCACCAAAAUUAACGGUUCGACCAGAGUCAUUAUUAAAAUCCAUUGGACAAAGACCACUGGGAGAUCAUCAAAAUCAGAGCUACCUUCAAACUGCAAGUGACGUGCCUGGGGGUCACAACCUGGAUCCCUCUGCAAACUACAAUUCCCCAAAGUUUCGCUCAAGGAAUCAGAGCUAUAUGAGAGCAGUGAGCACGCUCAGUCAGGCCAGCUGUGUUAGUCAGAUGAGUGAAGCAGAGGUUAAUGGGCAAUUUGAAUCGGUGUGUGAAUCAGUGUUUAGUGAAGUUGAAGCUCAGGCAAUGGAUGCCCUUGACCUCCCUGGAUGUUUCCGAACAAGAAGCCACAGUUACUUGCGUGCCAUUCAGGCAGGCUAUUCCCAAGAUGAUGAAUGUAUACCUGCGAUGGCAUCUUCCAACAUCACCUCAACUAUCAGGUCAACAACAGCUGUAACUUACACCAGUUACAAAAAAACACCACCACCAGUACCCCCUCGUACCACUUCCAAGCCACUGAUCUCAGUCACAGCACAGAGCAGCACAGAAUCCACCCAGGACGCAUAUCACGACAGCAGGACUCAGAGGAUUUCCCCGUGGCCGCAGGACGGGCGAGGGAUGUACAACUCCACCGACAGUUUGGACAGUAACAAGGCCAUGAAUCUCGCCUUGGAAACCGCGGCUGCGCAACGCCACGCGUCCGAGAGCCAGAGCACCUCGAUACGAACCAGCGACAAGGCCAUUUUAGUGACAAAAGCAGAGGAGUUUCUUAAGAGUCGACGUUCCUCUAUAGGGAUCCAGGUGGAAACAGCAACUGAUUCUGAUACUGAAAGCAGAGGCCUACGGGAAUACCACUCUGUUGGAGUACAAGUGGAAGAUGAAAAACGACACGGACGAUUCAAGCGCUCAAACAGUGUAACAGCAGCUGUCCAGGCUGACCUGGAACUGGAGGGCUUUCCAGGACACAUCACCAUGGAGGACAAGGGACUUCAGUUUGGCUCGUCAUUCCAGCAGCACUCGGAGCCCAGCACGCCCACCCAAUACAGCGCAGUGAGAACUGUACGGACACAGGGACUGUUCAGUUACAGAGAAGAUUAUAGGACCCCAGUUGACACCUCAAACCUUCCACCACCAGAACCCUGGCUAGAGCCAGCCAUUGAGACAGUAGAGACUGGUCGAAUGUCUCCUUGUCGACGGGACGGAUCUUGGUUUAUGAAGUUGCUACAUACUGAAACUAAGAGAAUGGAAGGGUGGUGUAAAGAAAUGGAAAGAGAAGCAGAAGAAAAUGAUCUUUCUGAAGAAAUCCUAGGUAAGAUCCGAAGUGCUGUUGGAAGUGCUCAGCUCCUCAUGUCUCAGAAAUUCCAGCAAUUUUAUUGGCUUUGUCAGCAAAAUCUGGACCCGAGUGCCAUGCCGAGACCAACUUCCCAGGACCUAGCAGGUUUCUGGGACUUAUUGCAGCUCUCAAUUGAAGACGUCAGCAUGAAGUUUGAUGAACUGCACCAGUUGAAACUCAAUGAAUGGAAAAUAAUAGAAUCACCUGAAAGGAAGCCAACUGGUUGGUGGAUGGAAGAAAGAAAGGUUCCUCCUCCUGUACCAAAGAAGCCCCCAAAAGGAAAAUUCCCUAUCACAAGAGAAAAAUCUCUGGACCUACCCGACAGACAGCGACAAGAAGCUAGAAGACGGCUAAUGGCUGCUAAAAGAGCAGCCUCUUUCCGGCAGAAUUCAGCCACAGAGCGUGCAGACAGCAUUGAGAUAUAUAUCCCAGAGGCUCAAACCCGGCUUUAAAGACAGAAUGCUGCAGAGUACCUUUUUUAAACAAAAUGCUUGUACAGUUUGUCACUUACCUGGUAAUUUUUGUCUCAUUCUCUCCACUAAAUAUGCCCUUGCUGUUGUGUUCUUUGUGCCAUAAGCACAGUGGAAUGCUUUUGAUUUCCUCAGAAUUUGCUGAGCUCACCGCAAGAACGACUUCUUUUUGUAUUUAUUGUCUGACUUACUAUCAGCUACAAUGGAUAGGGCUUGUCGAGACCUGACUUAUCCAAUAUAUUCUCAGAGGACAACAAGAAACACCUCUUGAGAUGGAACCCAGCUUACUUUUUUUGUUAUUUAUAUUUUUAUAAAAUGUGUGAUAAUUAGGGAUAAGAAUAACAAACUAUAAAUGGGUGCAUCUCACCAUUCACUAGAGGCAUUAGCUAAUCCAAGUAGAAGGUGCUACAAAUGUAAAGAGCAGGAAAGAAAGAACCCAUUUAUCUCUCUGACCUCCAGUUUCUUUUCCUAGAACCCAGCUAACAUAUUUACCCAUGCGCUCUGCCACUCUUCUCAUCUUUGUUACUGCAAAAUAACAUUAGGCCUCUCAUGUCAUGUCAAGUUUCUGGAGAUGAACAGGGAUAUCCAGCCACUAAAACUCCAAAGUUCAUCAGAAACCAAGAAGCAUUCAAGUCUGGUGGUGGUGGUGGGAAUGCCCACUGAGAAACGUUUGCUGUUAGCAGUAUAACGACACUCUGAAACCUAAGCAAAAUUAUAAUGCAAGAGGACUUGAGUGAUGGGUGAAAGGAAAACGGAAGCCUUAAAAAGUUAGAUCUUCUGUAGCAAGAUGUGUAAAGAAAAAGUUAUACUCGCUCCUUUGGAACACUCAUUGCAUUUUUAACAGUUCUUUUACGUGUUAACAUUUAUUUUAUAAACCUUCUCUCUUUCAUUUCAAGAGCUGUGCUACAUGUAAUAUUUCAAACUCUCAAAAUGUUAUAUCAAUUGAGUUUCCAGGGUAUCCUUGAGAAAAAAAAAAAAAAUCUUGCUUGUUUAAAAUGCCAGUUGUGAUGUUGUAAACAGUUUAAGAAAUAUGAAUGUGAGUGGUAAGUAUAUCUAAGUUUAAAUGGUUAUGUUAAGGUAAAGGUGAACUGUGGUUUACAGUUGUAUUUUUUUUUUUUAGAACUAUUUUUCUAUGCAGUAUCAUUUAUGGCAAGAAUAAGCUUCUUGCUUGCUUCAGACAUUAAAAAAAAACAUGACUCAAGAGAUAAAUGAUUUCCAGCCAUGGAAUAUAAGGAAAAUAAUAUAUUUUCAAGCCUCGCAUUGUCAGAAGAGAGAAGUGGUAACUACCACAGUCAAGAGGCUUUAAUUUAAAACAAAUUAAGACAGAAUUAUUCCACUUCACCUACCUUCCAGAGCCAACCGAGCAACCCAGCACUUAGAAGUCUUCAGGUGAAGGCGCAAUAAGAUGAGUAACCUACAGCCCCCGAUUCCAAGGUUUGAAUCCUACUGAACACUACUUUAGGUCAAAACAGUCUGAACCCAGUGAGACUGACAGCCCCAACUACUGCAUCCCCUGUUUACCUGCUUUAACAAAUGCAAUGUAUUUAGCCAUAGGCAGAACAGCUAUUUAAUUAUACUCAAGCACUUUGGUUCUUCACCUGAUGAGCACUUUAAAUCCGAAUCCCACCCACCCUGCAGCCUGACGGAUGACUGAAAACAUGAGGUAUUGUAGGUUAUGCAGAUCUGACAUUGCUUCAAAUCUGAUUUAUUUGGGGUUUUUUUGUUUUUUCUUUUUCCUUCUCUUUUUCCUACAGUGUGUAGUAUUAAGCAUGAGUUCUGUCUUUGGAGCACAGCUGAUAAAGCAUGUUUAGCUUCAAGAUAGGCAUCCUAAGAGAUGAAGCUUUGAGAAGUUUCUGUGAGGAGAAAACCCUGUAAAUUGAGCCUGAUAUCUGGUAUAUACUUUACCAAGUAGCCUUAAACUUUAUUUGGAAGCAAAAACCAAGACGAAUGUAUAUCCUUCAAAAAUGCAAAAAAAAAAAAAAAAAAAAAAAAAGAAUAAAUCCCAGAAAUAUUCUUCUAUAGAUGAAAACAUUAUAUUUCCCAUCCCUCGUGUUUUCAAGGCAUUUUCUAUUAAGGAAAGAGCUGAAUCCUAGGUAGUGUACAAUAUUGAUGCUACUUCCUAUAUUUGUUGUACUAUUUUAAAUAGAAAUGUACCUGCAGACACUGGCAUCUUUAGUCUUGAAAACUUGUAUCUUAUUUAAAGUGGAGCUGCUAUUUAGAAAUAUCCACACAAAACUAAAGCCAGUGUCUUUCCUAGAUUUAAGAAAUUUAAAACAGACACACACCCCCUAUACAUAUUUAUAUAUACAUGGCAGCUGAUACAUUUUAUCUAAUUUUCCUGUACACUUCAAGGAGAAAUCACACUUGACUUAGUCGCCUGAAAACGCCCACCUGCACCAACAGGUCAUGCGAUUAAGACAAGUUGUAUUUGGUCCUGCCAGUAAUCAGACUUUAUAAAGACAAAUUGUAAAAACAACAGAUUACAGAUAAGCAUAGAUCCCAGCUGACCUAAUAAUGCUGACUUGGAGCCAUCUGGAUAAGUCUUUAAAUUUAAAACCAUAUUUUGAUAGGUUUUUAGUAUGUUAAAAUUUUAUUUGAUGUUCUCAGGCAAAAAUAGGCCUGCAUGAAUGACGCCAACCCUGUAUUUUACAUCUCCCAUGCCAUUAUGAGAAAAUGUUCAACAGAGGCUUUGGAUAUCUAUGAUUUCUGUUUGUUCCACCUUUGUUCCAAACAAGAAAAGAAAACAGAAAGAAUCAAAAGUAAUCUAGAUGCCUACUGAAAAAUCUGAUAAUAUGUUAUCUGUGCAUGUUACAUUUCAAAGUGCAAUAUAUUAAAUUACUGUACAGGUAACAUUCUAUCAUUAAAGGCAAAUAAGCCAUUUCCAUUUACAUAUUGUACAUCUGGUUAGUUUAGAAGAAUAACAUUAUGCUUAUCAUACUUGUGUUGCAAAUAAAUCAAAAUCAAAUUGCGUCAGUCCCUGACAUGAGAGACACAGCAUGUGGUAUUUUAAUAAACAUACAAACAGAUCAAUUGUAAUCCGACCCCACAUCAUAAAAAUAAAAUUCAGUUACAAAACCAGUGUAGGAGGAACAUAAAUAAACAUAAAGAUAGAAAGUGGAGUGCUUUCUACUUAGAGACUUCAUGGUGUAGACCCACAUGGAACAGCUGGAUAUAGCAAAAUAAUCUAGUGUUUAAUUAAAUACUAAUUGGACUAAUAUUUAUUUUAAGAGAUGAAAAUUAUAGAAAGUCUCUGUUCAUUUCUUCAUUGCCUGUAAGACACAAGUAUAAUAAACAGAAUUCUGAAAAUUUAAAUAAAGAAAAAGUCCUGACUGGUAAAACUGUUGAUAUUUGCCAUACUUAUUUUUGCUUUGUAUAUUUUUUUAGAUUUGAAAUUCUUUGUAAAUUGGUGAAGUACAUUAUGAAGUGUUUUAUUAUUUCCUGUCGAGCUGAUUAGAAUGGCCUUUGGCAGCGUGCAAAGACUAGUAACAUUGUACAGUUUAAUACCAAAAAAUGACAUUUUAAUUCAUGCUUAAACCUUGUCACGAUUUGAGAUCCAUCAGGAAGGAAUUAAAGCGUGCAUAGGAA